AUUUUUCCCGCUUAUUUUAAUGUCAAUCCGACGGCGGAACCAAAGAAGAACAGCAGGCAGGUGCUCGACGAACUGGAUUGAAAUCUUGUCUUCUAGGCUUUGUUCCUGAAAAAAGACGCUUGCAUUUGAUUUAAGUUUAAUUAUAAAGUCUUCAAGUAAUUGACACGUUAUAAUUAUGGUGGGAAAGACAAAUAAACUUUACGUUCUGAAGAGAGGAGGUAGAAUGGAGGAGGUUCAUAUAGACAAGAUUACAUCAAGAAUCAAAAAGCUUUGCUAUGGAUUAAAUAUGGAUUUUGUGGAUCCUGUAUCCAUAACAUUAAAAGUCAUUAAUGGAAUAUAUUCCGGGGUAACCACCGUUGAAUUAGACAACUUAGCUGCUGAAACUGCAGCAACAAUGACUACGGAUCACCCAGAUUAUGCCCUGUUAGCUGCACGUUUAGCUAUAUCUAACUUGCACAAAGAAACAAAAAAACACUUUUCAGAUGUAAUGACAGAUUUAUACAACAUUGUAAAUCCACAUACAAAAAAAAGAGCUCCUAUGAUAUCGGAUUUUCACUAUGACAUCAUUAUGAAAAACAAGGAAAGAUUGGAUUCGGCUAUUGUAUAUGACAGAGAUUUUAAAUACAACUACUUCGGCUUCAAAACUUUAGAACGGUCUUAUCUAUUGAAGAUAAAUAAUAAGGUAGCUGAACGACCACAACAUAUGCUGAUGAGAUGUGCUAUUGGUAUUCACGGUGAAGACAUCGAUGCCACUAUAAACACUUAUAAUUUACUGUCGGAAAAAUAUUUCACCCAUGCAAGCCCUACUUUGUUCGCUGCUGCGACACCUCGUCCUCAGUUGUCUUCUUGUUUCCUUGUAGCCAUGAGAGAUGAUAGCAUUGAAGGAAUCUAUGAUACUUUGAAACAGUGUGCUUUAAUAUCGAAAUCUGCUGGUGGUAUUGGAGUUCAUGUUCACUGUAUAAGGGCAAAAGGAUCAUAUAUUGCUGGAACAAAUGGUGUGUCAAACGGACUUGUUCCGAUGCUUAGAGUUUACAACAACACUGCUCGGUACGUCGAUCAGGGUGGUAACAAACGUCCUGGUGCUUUUGCUGUGUACUUAGAACCGUGGCACGCAGACAUAUUCGAAUUUUUAGACUUGAAAAAGAAUACUGGAAAGGAAGAAACACGUGCUAGGGAACUAUUUUACGCUUUGUGGAUACCAGAUUUAUUCAUGAAGAGAGUAGAAAAAAAUGAAGAUUGGAGUCUGAUGUGUCCACAUGACUGUCCUGGCUUAGCCGAUUGUUGGGGAGAGGAAUUCGAAACAUUAUACACAAAAUAUGAACAAGAAAAACGAUUCAUGAAACAAGUAAAAGCUCAAAUUUUGUGGAAGGCCAUUAUUGAGGCACAAGUCGAGACGGGAACCCCAUAUAUGCUGUACAAAGAUGCAUGCAACAGAAAAAGUAAUCAAAAGAACUUGGGAACCAUCAAAUGCAGCAAUUUAUGUACAGAAAUCGUGGAAUAUACAUCAGCAGAUGAAAUAGCAGUAUGUAACCUGGCUUCAAUUGCAUUAAACAUGUUUGUGAAUGAUGAUAAAACAUAUGAUUUUAUGAAAUUAAAAGAAGUUACAAAAACCAUUACCCAAAAUUUGAAUAAAAUUAUAGAUGUCAACUUUUAUCCUGUCCCAGAGGCAAGAAAAUCUAAUAUGAGGCACAGGCCUAUCGGUAUAGGUGUUCAAGGGUUAGCUGAUGCUUUUGUUUUGAUGCGCAUUCCAUACGAAAGUGAAAAAGCCAUUAAGUUAAAUCAACAAAUAUUUGAAACUAUUUACUACGGAGCCUUAGAAGCUAGUUGCGAAUUAGCUGAGAAACAUGGAGUUUAUGAAACCUAUUCAGGAAGUCCUGCCAGCCAAGGCAUAUUACAAUAUGAUAUGUGGGAUAAAACGCCUUCUGACCUUUGGGAUUGGUCGUCACUUAAAGAUAAAAUUGCGAAACAUGGUCUCAGAAAUUCAUUGCUAUUAGCUCCAAUGCCAACAGCAUCUACUGCUCAAAUCCUUGGCAAUAAUGAAUCUUUCGAACCCUUUACAUCCAACAUAUAUCAAAGAAGAGUGUUGUCUGGAGAAUUUCAAGUUGUUAAUCAUCAUUUACUACGUGAUUUAACUGAGGCUGAAUUGUGGGAUGAAGAUAUGAAGAAUUUAAUUAUUCAUAACAAUGGAUCUAUUCAAGAAAUAGAAGCUAUUCCCAAAGACAUUCGAGAUUUAUAUAAAACAGUUUGGGAGAUAUCUGUAAAAACAACAAUUCAGAUGGCUGCAGAUAGAGGUGCAUUCAUCGAUCAGAGUCAGUCAUUUAAUAUACAUGUUGCUAAGCCAAAUUAUGGAAAAUUAACAUCUAUACAUUUUUAUGCAUGGAAAUUGGGGCUCAAAACCGGCAUGUACUAUUUGCGAACGAAACCCGCUGCAAAUGCCAUUCAAUUUACUGUUGACAAAGCUAAAGUUAAGAAUACAGCACAAAAUGGUAAGCCUGAAAUAGAUGAAAAUAUGGCAGCAAUUACUUGCUCCCUGCAAAACAAAGACGAAUGUUUAAGUUGUGGAUCAUAAUUUUGUCGCUUUUACAUGCAUUAGUAACGUAAAUUGAAAUAAGAUUAAAUCACAGUUGGCUAAGUUUUUAACGAUAUCAAUAAAUUAGUACUAGUAUUUAAGUUUUUGGUCAUUGUGCCACUUUAUAAAAUGGAUCACUAAUAUCUAUCUUGGGAGAGCAAAAGUUACUUGAGGAUCGACUA